CGCCGAUACAUGUAUAACCAGCACUGUUACCGUCACCCAGUCCAGCUAUACAUUUUCCUAGUCGAUGGUGGUAUACAUUUUCAAGACAAUUGUAGAAAACCCGUCCUUUGUUUCUACACUCAAAUCCUUCGUGUGCACGCGGACCUCCCGCCGCCUUUUACGGACGCACGUUGCCAAAGUUGGACGCCGUCAAGGGAUAUAACGACACCAGCAGUAUCAACCAUGCUCAUUUCUAACCCUAGCACGGUGACAGAGGUCGCCGGCUGUGCUGCCUAGAGCUGUGUGCCUGCAGCCCCAGCGUGCGGUAUUUCCCGCUCGCAUUUGAUUUUUCAUCAAUCAGCUAAGGUUUUUGUUCCCUGUGUCUUUCGAGCUUUGGGUGGGCAUUCAGAUCAGCCACACAGGGCACUGCUGUGAUGUUGUACGCCUUCGAAGUGCGGAGAAAGAUAGAGCGAGAGAGAGAGAGAGAGAGAGAGAGAGAGAGAGAGAGAGAGGAGCGAGUGCUGCUGAGAGCUUGCUUUGCAGCAGCAAGCAGCAGCAGCAGCAGCAUGUUUUUUUUGGUACCCAUAUCUCAUCUGCUUCACUCAGUGCCAUGUCUCCGUGUUCGGUGUUGUUUUCCUUUCCAGCUUUGGGUGGGCAUUGACAUCAGCCACACAGAGCACUGCAAUGAGGUAGGGUGCUUGCCUUCGAAGUACGGAGAGAGAGGGGAGAGAGCGCGUGCGCUGCGAGUCUUCCUGGUGACAGCAGCACGCUGUCUUUUUCUCCAGUACCAGGGAGCACCACCGCGGGAUUCAACAGCACCCGCAGUUCGAGCCGCAGCGCCAGCCGUUGGUUCACUACAAGAACCCGGUCUCGCAGGCGCGCAAAGAUCGCGAGAUCCAAAUUGGGGUGGACAACGGGACUACAGUGGGCGGCCCUUUGGAAAAAUGGGGAGGGCGGCUCGGCGGAUGCGUGCGUUGACACUUCGGCAGGAACUAGAGGAGGCCCUUCCUGGGGCAUUCAACCUCUCUGCAAGCAGUCUGGAAGAAGUCGUGCGGGCGUGGAUAGAGUUCGAACCCGAGUGGGCCGAAGAGGCGAAGAGGAGAUACCUGAACAAGGGCACGUACAGCACAUCUCAAGCUGCAAAGAAGAUUAGGCGUGCGAAAGGGGCGGAGAUGAAAGCUCGGGUGCUGGCGGCAGCGGCGGACGAGUUUCGCGCUGAGAGCAUCGAGCUACUCGACGGCGUUGUGAGUGAUGUGGUGAAGACGAUCAGCGCAGCCGCGGAGAUGAACGAUGAUACAAGUACGGAAGACAGCUGUUUGUCCAACUUUCAGCUGGCGCACACGGUGCAAGUGGCCAUGACAUUGAUCCAGUUGUACACCCAGCAGGCCGACGGCUUCGACCGGAAGGAUGCACUGGCCAUCGCAGCAGAGGUUGGACGGAGAACCGUUCAAACAGUACAGCAGUGGGAGCGGGAUUUCAUCGCCCACGGANGUCGCCCACGGACGCAUAAACCUGACACAGGUCGCUUCAAGCGCAGGUUUUUGCUGGAGCUCGACGAAGGCGUCUUCAAGCUCGCGAAAGGCUGGGUGCUCGAGAACUGCGGGAUACUCAGUGGGCAAGCCAAUAAAACGGCGGAGGAUUUCCGCAAGUGGGUGAACAGCACCAUCAUGCCGAUGCUGGAGGAGCAGGAAAAGGACGGCAUCAACGCUUUCCAUGGAUUGAGAGUAAAGCUGGUGGAAGUGAAGGAGAACGAGCCGCCAAAGCGCCAAAUCUCCCUUUCUACGGCAACGGAGUGGCUGAAGAAGAUGGGAUGCGAAUACCACGACGGCAAAAAGGGGCUGUACUUCGAUGGCCACGACGACAAGAAGACCCUUGAAUACCGGCACGACGAGUUCCUCCCGGCGCUGUUCGACACCCGCGACUACAUGGAGGUAUGGAUUCCGAUGGGCAAGGAUGAAGCGAUCGUCUGGGGUGUUGACGUCGAGACGGUGGAGGAGACCGAGCGCUUGCCGGAUGGUGGUGUUUGCGUUUGUGUCGAUAAUCUCGAGUCUGCGCUGGCAGACUUGCCCGAAGACCUGCAAGCCAGAGUGCAGAGCAAGAAAACCUACCCUGACGGGAGGCGGGCCAUGCUUCUCUACCAGGACGAGAGCAUAUUUCGAGCCAACGACGACCAGAGGCGCGCGUGGUAUCGGGACGGCCAGCAUGUGCCCGUGAAGAAGUCACAAGGCCAGGGGAUCAUGGUGUCGGGGACGAUAAUCCACAACGUUGGCUUCUUCUCGGCGUCGCGGGCACAGAUCCAGGACGCGGAGCGCAACCGCAGGAAACGAUGCGCCGCCUCAGCUGCCGCGAAGCGACGGGGGGAAAACGUGAAGGUGGAGAAGUUCCGCCCCAUCGACAUGCUUCAUGAAGACGAGCAUGGACAGUACUGGUCCUACCACCUCUUCGAGUACGGCAAGAACAAGGAGGGAUACUGGACCGGGCUCAGGAUGCUGGACCACAUGUCAGACGUGCUCGACAUGUUCACAGUUCUCUACCCUGAGCACAAGCCUGUAGGCCUGUUCGACUGGUCGUCCUGUCAUGACUGCAUGGAGGUCGGCGCACCGUCGGUGAAGAGAAUGAACUUGGGUGUCGGUGGUGUGAGGAACGGAGAAGAGCUUGCGCCGAUGGACCCCGUGACCAUCCUCGAAGAUACCCCGAACCUCCCAGCCGGCACGGUACAGCACUUGGUGUUUCGGAGGGGGGACGAUCCCCCCUUCCACUCCCCGCAUCUCAAGCCGGCGCAAUAUGUCGGAAAGUUGAAAGGAAUGCGGCAGAUUUUGUGGGAGAGGGGGCUCCUGGUCAAAGGCAUGAGUAAGACGGGGGGCUCGGGCGAAAAGCAGGACCUCAGCAAGAGCAUGGAGCACGUUUUGGGAGAGCAGAAGGACUUCAAGGAAGUUGAUUCUAGUCUGGUGCUGUUGAUGCAGCGCCACGGGGGGGCCUGUCUCAUGCUUCCAAGUACCACUGCGAGUGUAACCCCAUCGAGCUUGUUUGGGGCCGAGCGAAGGACUGGACUCGAAAGAAUUGCAAAUAUUCGUUGGAAUGCUUGCGCAAGAACGUGCCGCUGAGUUUUAGACCAGAGAAGGAUAGACAGGCUGUUUCGGUAGUCCAGGGCUACUGCAAGAAGGCGUACACACACGCCGUCAUGUACCGCGAGACGCGUGUGCAAGGGCCUGAGGGCAAGAAGACGUACAAGAAGUACAAGUCGCACAGGCGCCCGACCCCGAAGGAAUGGAGGCCGUAGAGUCGAUGGCGCAUUCUUGUUCAUUGAGCUGUAUUUGUUCAGUUUUUUUCCGUGUUUCUGGUGGGAAUGUUGUACAAAAAUGGAACAUUUUUGUUGAAAACGGCCAAUUUUUGUGAUGUAUGUACGCUAUAGGUGCGGUAGAGGCAUUUGCAUAGUGUUUGAGGGCGUUCCUGUGCACGUGUGGGUGGUUUGGUGCGAAAAAAAAAAAAGGAUUAGCAACAUAUAUGGGGGAAAAGUUGCUCUAGGGUCAAUUUCGUGGGUUUCGAGCCCGCCGCGAGCAUCUUUUUUUUUUUUUUCUCUU